AUGUUCAUGGUCGUGUUGAGCCUGAUCGGCUCUGUCAUGCUGGCAUCCGUCUGCAUCGGGAAGCUUCCUGAACCUGAGGUGAACAUAGAGGUUCUGCACAGACCCUUCAUCUGUCACCGAAAGUCCAAAUACGGAGAUAUGCUGCUGGUGCAUCACGAUGGGUACUUUGAGAACGGAACGAUAUUUUACUCCAGUCGAAGGAACAAUGAGCAAGCAAUGUGGUUCACGUUGGGCAUCAGGGAAGUAAUCAAAGGCUGGGAUUUAGGCCUACAGGACAUGUGUGCAGGAGAGAAGAGGAAACUGGUAAUACCUCCAUCCCUGGCCUAUGGGAAAGAAGGGAAAGGUAAAAUCCCACCUGAGAGCACACUGACUUUCAUGGUUGAAUUGAUGGAAAUCAGAAAUGGUCCAAGAUCACAUGAGUCCUUCCAGGAAAUGGACCUCAAUGACGACUGGAGGCUCUCCAAAUUCGAGGUAAAACAAUAUGUUAAGAAGGAGUUUGAGCGCUAUGGCUACCCACCUAAUGAUACUUUACAAGAGAACAUGGCGGCGGACAUCUUUGAAAAAGAAGACAAGAACAAAGAUGGCUUCAUAUCUUCAAGAGAGUUUACAUACAAACAUGACGAACUGUAACAUCUUGGCUGGAUUAGCUGUGUUGUGUAUCUUAAGAUACAAAGUUUCUCAGGUUAUCUAAGCAGGACGCUUGAUUGAAAAAUGGAAAAAUGCAGUUUUUAAAACUGGUUGGAUCAUAUAUUUUAAGUAGAAUGAUUUGUUUAUAAAGUUUUCCAACUUUACUAGACCAUAUUUGGAGCUAACAGUGCGAGAGUGUUGGCUCUCACUGAUCCAUGAGCUGUGAAGAGAACCAGGUCUUAGAAACCAAGAAUUUCAAAGAAAGGAGAUCAUUCAGUUUUCUAUUAAAACAUAAGAUCAGGAGAAGCUACCUGCUCUCUUCAGAAGUAAUUCCAACCUUGAAAAGUGCUUUAAAUGCAACCCUUCAUUCACAAAUUAUUGACUUUUCUGCCACUGAUGUAGAUAAUGUAAAGGUCUGAUUGGAACAGUAGGUCAAAUGACUCCAAUGCAUCUUAAAAAGUAUAUAUUUUAAAGGUCUUUGUGGUGUUUAAAGGUUAUUUUACCAUAGACAUUCUGUUUUUAUUUGUCUUUCAUUUCUUUUUUACCCUGAUAGGUUUUUAAAGGUAACAUAUUGAAUCAAUUUUUAAAGAGAAACUUUUAAAUCUUUCCCAAAAGGGUUUGCAAUCUUAUAACUUGAAUUUGAUUGUAUAUUGAAAAUAUGUUAAAUAUAAUACCAUUUACUCUGUAUUCAGCAUUAAAAUGGUAUUAGUUUUAUAAAUUUGAUGAUUUUUUUUUCUAGAAAUACAAAGUUGUGCCUCUUUGUUUAGUAUUUCAAACCAGAUAGGAUUCUUAGUAAAGAGCCAUAACACCUUUAUCAAAGCCAGGUAUUUAAUAUAACUGUUUGAACCUGUCGACAUGGUUUAACAACAGACUGUAUAUAAAAUUCUGUAGAUUUUUAUACAUUUCCAAUACUUUUUCUUUCACUCCUUGACAUCAGCCUUUGAUAGCAGAAAGCAUCAAAUCAAUAAAAUUAUUUGUGCCAA